AUGAGCACUGUAGUCGACGCCGAGACGGCUAGGAAUCUGUCCCUCUUCCGGCCUUUGGGUGAGUAUUUCUCCCCUGCCAGCCAGUCGGAGUCCCUUCAGCCUCCUCGUGCUGCAUCCACUGGUUUGGGUGUUCGUCUCCAUCCUGGGUCACGUGCAUCUGUUCUUCAGUCUUCGUUUUGUCUGCAUGCUGAUUGGCUGCGCAUAGGUUACCAGCGCAAUUCCUGUGGUUAUUGCAAGUCGCCUGAUGGAAGUGCUUCGUACUAUGCGAGUUCUGUCUCGGUUCGACCCGAACACUAUGAAAUCCUGGUCAAUCGGGGAUGGAGGAGAUCCGGGACAUUGUAUUACAAACAAAACCUGCAACGGUCUUGUUGUCCGCAUUAUACCUUGAGGCUGGAUGUUUCGGAAUAUAAACCAAGGCGAGAUCAGCGAAAAGCCAUCAACCGGUGGAACAAGUAUGUGCUGGGCCAGGAGUAUAUCCGGAAAGCUGCAAUGCUCGCUCCGAAAAGUCGAGAGGAGAAGAGACAGCGCAAAAAACACUUUGAUAUUGUCAGAGCUGUCCAUGAGGCUGAGUACUCUAACCUGAGACGACCUAUCGACCCAAAGACGAAGCGGCCAAUCGAGCCUGCACAUAAGUUUGAAGUCUCCAUAGAGGGCGAUUCAAUUUCACAGCGAAAAUAUGAAGUUUUCCUCGAAUACCAGCAGACCAUCCAUCAAGAGUCCACCGACAGAUGGAAAAACGCAGACUUUAAACGGUUUCUCUGUUCCGGGCUGAAACGGAAUACACCAAAAGAAGGGUCAGGCGAGAAGAGACUGGGGUCAUGGCAUCAAUGCUACCGUCUGGACGGGCGCUUAAUUGCCGUGGCAGUGCUUGAUUUGUUGCCCGAGGGUGUGAGCUCCGUAUACCUGUACUACGACCCUGAGUUUGGUGACUGGGAGCUUGGCAAAUUGAGUGCCUUACGAGAGAUAGCAUUCGCCCUAGAGGAAGGCUACAAAUAUUACUAUAUGGGCUACUAUAUUCAUACCUGCCAGAAGAUGCGAUACAAAGCGCUGUACAGACCUCAAUAUGUCCUAGAUCCGGAAAGCAUGACCUGGGACCCUCUCGACGGCGAAUUGACUGGAAAGCUCAACAAACGCAAAUACGUCUCAUUGUCCCGCGACCGCGCUCGAGGAUUAUCAGCAUCUGAGAAUAACGAAACCGAAGCAGAAAAAGAAGACGAGCUCCCAGAACUCGUCAACGAAGAAUCCUUGUCCCUUUUCGAAAUCAAUAUGCCGGGAGUCUUGACCGCAGAAGAAGUUUUGACUCAAUUCGAUCUCGAUCACUGGCUCCUACUUGUGCACGGCACUUUCGUGCAUAUGGAGGAUCUGGUAGGAUGGGAAAGUGCAAAGAUUACGGAUUCGCAGAGUGUCAAGGGUAUUGUGGGUGAAUUGGUGGCUGUGUUAGGGUUAGAGGUUGCUAGCAUGAGUGGUUGUGUACUUUUUGAUUAG